CCUUUUCGUGAAGCUCCCAACAUAUUCUCUCCAUUUUGAUCCCAAAAGAAUGACUCACUCGUCUCUUCUUCUUCUUCUCUCCCAUAAACCUUAAAAACCAUUUCUACGAUCUGCUUCAUCUUCUUCUUCCUCCCCUCUAAUAGCUUAGGGUUUCCUCGUUUCUCCUCUACCCAAUCUCCAUGGCUGCGUUCAAUUUCUUCCUCUCUUCUUGAUUCUCUCCCUCAGGUAAGGGGAGAUUGAUAGUGUAGAUUCGUAGAUUUGUGUUUGUUUCAUCUACAUUGGGGAAAGAGAGAUAGAGAGAGGUUUGAGAGAAAGAUAUGCGUUGAAGUGUGUGUGGUGUGUUGGUGGAGGUAAGAACUAAGAAGAAAUGAAUGUGAGCCAUGCAUCGGUUCAUCCGGUGGAAGAUCCUCCAGCAGCUACUGAAGUUGAUAAUCCGCCGAGGGUGAGGAUGGAUGAUAUGGAAGGAAUGCCUGGGACUUUACUUGGACUUGCACUUCGUUUCUUCCAGUUCUUGUUUGCUGCUGCUGCUCUCUGUGUCAUGGCUACUACUAGUGAUUUCCCUUCCGUUACCGCCUUCUGCUACCUAGUUGCAGCUACUGGUCUGCAGAGCUUGUGGAGUCUUGCACUAGCCAUGGUUGACGUCUAUGCUAUAAUGGUCAAACGCUCACUACAGAACUGUCGUCUUGUGAGUUUGUUUGCAAUCGGUGAUGGGGUGACAUCAACGCUGACUUUUGCAGCGGCUUGUGCAUCAGCAGGCAUAACGGUUCUGAUAGACAACGAUCUAAAUAGCUGCGCACAGAACCAUUGUGUUCAGUUUGAAACAUCAACAGCAUUAGCCUUCAUAAGUUGGUUUGCUGCUUUGCCCUCUUUUCUCUUCAACUUCUGGUCUCUUGCAUCCCGUUGACAUGACACUGUUCCGCAAGAUGUGUUUUUCUUGGUGUGUUUUUCAGUGUAUAGUAACUGAAUUUUUCUUCUUCUUUCUUCGUUUUGGGUUUAGAACCAACUUUCUUCAAACCCAAUACUGGGAAACUGGGAAUUGUUUUGUAUUUGUAGAACCUUAUUCAUCUUGUUGUUGUACACUGACAAGAUUCGGUCGGCUUUGUACUUUGAUUGAAGGAAUCUCAGUUCUUAAAUGCUUCAUUAAGCUCCCGGUACUUGGAGCAUUAUCAAGAUC